AGCAGGAAGACAAAGUUCAUCCAACAUGCAGGACAGAAUGAAGGAUCUGACUGGCUUUCGUGGACUCGUACUGGUCCUUCUUCUGAGCUCUUCUCAACAGACUCAGGUACAGGUAAAGCUUCCACAGUUUGCUGGCUUUCCUCAGGACUGCUCAAAGAUUAAGUCUCUGUCACCACAAGCAUCCAGUGGGGUUUAUACUAUCCAGCCUGAGGGCACCAAGACUCCCUUUAAGGUGUACUGCGAGAUGCUUUGGGAUGGAGGCUGGACAGUUUUUCAGAGACGUACCGGAGAACCUCUGUCCUUCGAAAAAAAUUGGCAAGCCUAUAAAAAUGGUUUUGGACGCCCAACAAAUGAUCACUGGCUCGGUUUGGAGAAGGUUUUCCUUCUGACUAAGAAGAAAAGGUGGACCUUGAGAGUGGACCUGUGGGACUUUGAAGGUGGUUCUGCGUUUGCCGAGUACAAGAACUUCAGACUGGGAAAUGAAAGAACAGCUUACAAACUGCAUGUGGGGCAAUACAGGGGAAAUGCAGGUGAUGCCAUCCGUGGAGCCUAUCCAGGUAUCGACCAAAAUGGCUACGGCUUCAGCACCAUCGACCGUGACAACGACGGGUGCAACCCAUGCAUCUUUGGUGACAUUGCUCGUGAUCGGUGUGUUGAUACGAAGUACAGUGGUUGGUGGUUUAGCAAAUGUGGCUCUGCAGACCUAAACGGUGAAUGGCAUCCUUCUGGUGACAACAUUGGUUGGGCUUCAGGCCUCCACUGGGAAACCUGGAAAUCUGUGCCCUACUCUGCCAAGGCCUCCAGAAUGAUGAUCAAGUCUUAUUGAUAGGAACCCUGACUCUAAUGCUGUUUUUUUUUCAAUGCCUCCACAGUACUUCUGUCUCCCAAAAAUAUGUAUUAUUAUUGCUGAAAAGAAAAAAAAUACAUAUUGAAACGAGAACAUGCAAUCCUAGAAUGAGUCCUCACUGGGACUCAUUUUUAAUUAAGCUGUAACUCAUCUGUUAUUACUGGAAUUUAUCUUUUUAGUUGGCCUUUCAUCAAAGUUUCUACCUAUCUCAGAUGAAGCCUGUGUGUGAAAAAAAUUACAUUUGGAUAUUCGUUUUGAAGGUCUUUGAUGCUAAAUUUUUGAUUC